GCAACUUCCUGACAAAGCUAUUCAUCAGGCAUAUGGACCACAUUGAUUCUCGAAGAGCAGUCAUCAUCUCUGGGGUCAAAUCUCACUCAGCCUUUGAAAUGCUAAACUGCAGAAAUGUCCACAAUCAGGUAAACAUUUCCCAGUUACAUUACUCAUUCAGUAUCUGCACCUAAUUAUUUAAUCUGCAUGAUUAACUGUGUGUAUGUAAAGUCUACAUGAUUAAGAGCCCCGGUGGAUUAAUUUUCAUUUGAAAAGCAAUUUGUACCUCUCAGACAUACAUUUGUGAACAUAACAAGAUUAUCCCAAGAAAAGACAGAGUAUUCUCGUAUGGAAAUAUUGCAAAUGGGUAAUGAAGAGAAGAGAAGAGAAAAGGAAAAAGUCAGCGUAACAUGCCUUCCUGUUCUGCAAAGAAAUGUUUCAGUCACUGGAUUUCAGACUUCUUAGCCUCGGGCAACUUUGAACUUCCCAUCCUUGGUGCCUCUUCACACAAUUGUAGUUGUAGUGUAUGGAACUCACUGCCACAAGAUAUGGAUAUGGUUAUUGGCUUAAAUGGUCAUAUAAUCCACAUCUUAAAGGAUAACGGGUAAAGGGACCCCUGACAGUUAAGUCCAGUUGUGAACGACUCUGGGGUUGCAGGGCUCAUCUCGCUUUGCAGACCGAGGGAGCCGGCAUUUGUCCACAGACAGCUUUCCGGGUCAUGUGGUAAGCAUGACUAAGCCGCUUCUGGCGAAACCAGAGCAGCGCACGGAAACACUGUUUACCUUCCCACCGGAGUGGUACUUAUUUAUCUACUUGCACUUUGACUUGUUUUCGAACUGCUAGGUGGGCAGGAGCUGGGACCAAACAAAGGGAGCUCACCCCGUCACAGGGAUUUGAACUGCCGACUUUUUGAUCAGCAAGCCCAAGCGGCACAGUGGUUUAACCCACAGCGCCACCCACCUAAUCCACACCUUAGAUUUUUUUCCCCUUAAAUGGAGGGCAAAUCAAUCAAUGGGUAUGACAUAGGUUAGAACACCAUCUUCAGAGGCAGCGUAUCUCUGAAUAUGGCUGCUACUUUCAUGCUUUGCUUGUGAGAGUCUCGGAAGCAUAUGGCUAGCCAUGGUGGGAAUCUGCCUACUGGCCUGGAGAAUAUUAUUUGUUUAUUUGCAACCAUCUUUAUAGACUGCCACCUCAUAUAAAAUAUCAAGAUGGAGUCCAAAAAAACAUCCUUCUUCCUUGGCGACACAGGUGCAGUAAAGCAUUAGCUACUAUCAAAACAAUACAAACAAUCAUUCAAAAAUGACCAGCUUCUAUAGAAAAUGUUUAAACAACUAAAUAGGCCCAUUGGCCUUGUAUCUAGGCAUGGGGCUGCAGCUGUCCAUCUCCAACCACGACGUUUGAAAUCCUUGUCCCUGAAAAUGACUCUUAUAUCAACACUUUCCAUGGCCUGAAGCAAUCCAAGGCUCCAGCCAUCUCUCCCAGUUCUUCAUGUUCCACCACCAAACACAUUUCCUAUUACUCUUCUUUUACCUUGUAAGUAACAGGGGCACUGGAGGCAGGUGGAGUGAUUCAUGGCCCGAGGGUUCCCUCCUUAUUCUCCUCUUUCUAUUGCCCCCAAGCACCAAUUUGCAGUGUGCCAGGGUGCAAAAGCCUGGAGAUAGUCCAUAGUCUUCCAGGCUUUCUGCUUUGCCACACCGCUACCCAUCUUGCCCAUUAACAGGAAGUGAGAGAAGAGGCAAACCCCUCUCUCCUCUCUCUCUCCCCCCCUCCACUGUUCUCACUGACUCAACAAGUUGCAACCUAUGUGAACAGAAAUGGGAAGGGGAAGGACUGGCUAGGAGGGCUUUUGGAGAUGGCGAAGGCUGAUGGGAAUGUGCCAAGUGAGGGAAUUCUUCUCUGGCUUGGAUUUUGAUCCAAGCAGCAGUGGAAUUCUGGGACUAUGAAAGCUUGCAUCUCUGAGGUGGGUUUUUGAGAACCCCAAAUAUCCAAUCAUGGCUGCUGGGAACUGCUCCAGCACCUCCAGUUAGUUCUAUUUCACACAGAAGCAAAUUUGUAUUUGGCUCCAAGUGCACAUUUUACAGGGACGUGGGUGGCGCUGUGGGUUAAACCAUAGAGCCUAGGACUUGCUGAUCAGAAGGUCGGUGGUUCGAAUCCCCGCGACAGGGUGAGCUCCCGUUGCUCGGUCCCAGCUCCUGCCCACCUAGCAGUUCGAAAGCACAUCAAAGUGCAAGUAGAUAAAUAGGUACCGCUCCGGCGGGAAGGUAAACGGCCUUUCCGUGCGCUGCUCUGGUUCGCCCGAAGCGGCUUAGUCCUGCUGGCCACAUGACCCGGAAGCUGUACGCCAGCUCCCUUGGCCAAUAAAGCGAAAUGAGUGCCGCAACCCCAGAGUCGGUCACGACUGGACCUAAUGGUCAGGGGUCCCUUUGCCUUUUUGCACAUUUGACAAGGAGCUUCAGCCAAUUAUAUUUGACUGAUGAACAUACCUGUAUAAUGCACAUUUUUGCAAGGAUGCAUUUGUUACACUGCAUUUUUAAGUGCAGGCUUAGAACAUCUUGCAACAGCAUGCAAUUGAAAAGGGAACGUGUUAAUUGGGCAUUCGUCUCCAAGAAACGAAAUAGCACCUUAGGUUCUAACUGGAUUGUUUUCGCAUAGGCUUUCUUCGGCUCGGUCAGAA